AUAGAGCCCGGUGCUGACAUACAUUUAUAAAUACACUGCAAGAUUGCCAACCUCCAAGUGGGGUCAGGCGAUCAGGCGUUGCAACUGAUCUCCAGACUAGAGAGAUCAGUUACCUGGAGAAAAUGGCAGCUUUUGUGGGUGGAUUGUAUAUCUCACUGAGCUCCAUCCCCUCCCUCUCCAGGCUCCACGCUCAAAAUGUCCAGGAAUUUCUCAACCCAGCGUUGGGAACCUUAAUAUAUAGUGACAGACUUGUUGCCAGUUUAAGAAAUAAGAAACUCCUGAGAUGACCUCGCAGCACCAGCUGGCUUCUGGCACAGGAACACCCACCUUGUAUUUCGUGCCAAGCAUUCGUUCCCUGUAUGUAGUUAAAGGAGGAGAAGGAGAAGAAGGUAGUUCUGAAUGCCAGGAAGGAGCCAUGGCAGCUGUGUUCCUCCCAGGAAACCUUCAAGAUGAAGCCACUUGCUCCGUUUGCCUGGAAUAUUUCAAAGACCCCGUGUCCAUCGAGUGUGGGCACAACUUCUGCCGUGCCUGUAUCGCUAAAAGUUGGAAGAGCCUGGAUGGAGAUUUCCCCUGUCCUCAGUGCAGGGAGGUUACCCAGUACAAGAACUUCAGACCCAACCGACAGCUGGCCAACAUGGCCGAGAUCAUCAGCCAGUUUAUCUUGCGUGGCGUGAAGGGCCUUGAAGAGGAUGGAAUGUGUGAGAAGCACAAGGAGGCUCUUAAACUAUACUGCAAGGAUGACCGGAAAACAAUCUGUGUGGUGUGUGACCGGUCUCGGGAACACCGGCCUCAUGCUGUGGUGCCUGUAGAAGAAGCUUCCCAGGAGUACAAGGAACAAAUCCAGACCCGUUUGGAUUUUUUGAAAAAGGAGAGACAAGAGCUUCUGGAAUUCAAAACACAGGAUGACAAGAAAAGCCAAGAUCUUUUGAAAACAAUAGAGAUCGAGAGGCAGAAGGUGAUCUCUGAGUUCGAAGGGCUGCGGCAGUUUCUGUAUGAGCAGGAGCAGCUCCUUCUGGGACAGCUGGACAAGAUGGAGAAGGGCAUCACCAGGAGGCAGAACGAGAACAUCACGGAGCUCUCCAAGGAGAUCUCCCUCCUCAACAAGCUAAUUACCGACUUGGAGGAGAAGCUCCAAGAGCCAGUGCUUGAAUUCCUCAAGGAUGUGACGGGUGCCCUUGUCAGAAGUGAUGAUCUUAAGUGUCAGCUGCCCAUCGCUGUUUCUUCUGACAUGAAAGGCCACAUCUCCAAUUUCUCUCUGAAGACUGUGGUCCUGAAGGGAGCGUUGAAGAAAUUCAAAGACAAUCUGCGGGAUGAACUGGGGAAAGGUGAGAAAGAGGACCUGCUGCUGGACCCAGAGACAGCCAACCACCUUCUCAUCCUUUCGGCUGACCUCAAGAGUGUGAGGAUGGGGUGUCGGAAGCAAGACUUGCCUGACAACCCCAAACGCUUUGACACCAACUCCCGUGUCCUGGCUACGGAGGGAUUCAAGACAGGGAGGCAUUACUGGGAGGUGGAGAUGGGGUCUUCGGAUGGCUGGGCCUUUGGAGUGGCCAAGGCAUCGGUGCGAAGGAAAGGAUUGACUCAGUUUUGUCCCGAAGAGGGAAUCUGGGCGUUGCAGCAAAAUAGUGGCCGGUACUGGGCUGUCACUACCCCUCAGCGGACCCCAAUUUUCCUGCCCGAGAGGCUCAACAAAGUUAGAGUCUACUUAGACUAUGAGGGAGAAGAGGUGUCUUUCUACAAUGCUGAGAACAUGCAACACAUAUUUACGUUCAACGUCCCUUUCACUGAGAGAGUAUUUCCUCUCUUUUCAGUGUGCUCUACUAUGACUUACAUUAAACUCUGUUCCUGAAUUCAAGGUGAUGUUUUGCUGAAAUACUGCGGCUAUGCUCACACACUGUAAAUUAAGGCUUGCUUUUCAGGCCCAGACCUUACUGACCACAACAGAAGGCCUAUUUGCAUGCCAAAGGGACACGGCAGUGUCUUACACGUUUGAAAACAUUGGGCAGGUGGUCUGUCCACUGUGGCGAGUUAGUAAUAGGUGUCAGCUGCCCCGCUUUGUAAAAUGGCAUUUCCUAGCAGAUGUCAUAUCCUGUGCAAGGCGAUGAGUGACACAAGUGAUUUACCUUGGGCACCCAGAGAGUCAUGUGACUAGGCCCUGCUCUGUCUAGUCAUAAAUCUGUGACCUGCUAUUCUCUCCAUCACCAGCCCUUCACACGUAUUGUGGGUUGAUCUGUAUUCACACAGCAGAAUGAAGCGGCAGAAUUCUGAGGGUCAAGAGUGGGUAAUAGCAUUCCUGGUGAGGGUCUUUUAAUGAUUCCCUAUGUAUAAAUCAACACUCUUUCUAAAGGAGUGUUUUACCCUGCCCUUCUGCCAAGAUGCUCAGGAGGCAGCGGAAAGGAAAGCCUUGGCCUCCAGAACAACUGGUUGGUUGUUAUGUGAAAAAGGAGGCUAGACUGGAUGGGUUGAUCAAGCAGGGCUGUUUUGUUGUUAUGGACGAGAGGGCUGAACUUCUGGUCCAUUUCUCCUCUAACAUCAAGAAGAUUAUGGUGAUGAACAAAACUGGCAUGUAUAUGGUCAACAUCAUAAAAUGUAACAGUGAAAGUAUUAAAGGCAGAUGCUUUGCUGAGUGUAUUUAGGAGUCCCAGAAAAAGUGAAAUGUUCUUGCCAAGGCCAUAGUCACAAAAACAGCCUUUUAUUAAGGGAUUCAGAAUAUCAGUUGGUAGCUUUGAGGAGAGUCACUUGGUUGUCUGCUUACCAUCACAUGACAUUUUUCAAAUUUGAAUGUUAAUUUUAUACUCCAGUUGUUAUAAUUCCAGUACCUUGUUUUCUCGGGGUCAUCAGGAUAUCUACACUACAGUUUUAGAUUGAUUUAAGACAUUUCCUCCUCCCUAUGUUGUAUAUGUUUGCUAAGUGGUUUAUAGAUCUCCCGGAGAUUCAUACCACCCUCAUCAGACUCAAAUUCGAAGGCUUUUUUGAUGGGGCUGGAGGGAAUGACAGUCAAAUAGUUAAAGCAGAUAUCAGUUUGUAGUGUAGCAUCUUUUGUCGUUCCACUUCCUAAAGAAGAGGAGUCUGUUUUCAGUCAUUAAUGGCUUGGAUCCCAAGGUGUCAUUCCACUUGUGCAUCUCCCAUUCCCCAAGAAUUUUUUUUUUAAAAAAACACUGCAAACAAUGACUUAUAUCCUGAAAUAAAUUUGCACUUGUGCAACUGAUAAUGCUAGUGGACUCCAUCUAUGAACCAACUAUCAAUUAUGUUGUACUGUUUGCACUUGCACAAGGAAUACCACUCAUGCAAGCACUUGGUGAACAUUGGAGUCUGAAUGGAACAACAGUGGAUCCAAGCCACUGUUUAUGGUGGUUGGUGCAAGCAUGAUUUGUACAUUUCAUAUGCCUUUCAGUAUCCAGUAUCCAUUAUCUGAAGUUUUACAAUGCAGUUGCAUGAUGGCCUUUUGAAACUUGGUGAUUGAUGAAAAGCCUUUGCAGACAAAACCAAAGACAUUACCUGAUUUUGUGUUUGUGUGUGCCUUCCUUGAUACUGUUGCAAGCAUGUUCUUUCUCUAAUUUUGGUGCUAUCAGAUUGUUCUUGAGCUCGUUUGCUUAGUCUGAGCAAGGGCAGUUAGAUUAUUUGGUGGGCAGAGUUGCUAAGGGGUUGAACGAGAGAGUGAUGAUUUUGGGGAGCACUGGUGUAUCUGUGAAUCCAGAAAUUCCUUCCUGUGUGCUUGUUCUUGUGUCCCUAUAUGCUCAACUUGUAUAUUUGUAAAUAAAACUUAUU